UUCCUGUGCAUCUCUCUGUGUCCUGAAGCUUUUAUUACUAUUUGAAAGUCCACUGGGGGGGCUCACUAGCUCUAGCCCAAGCUUUGUUUGCAUUGGUAGCCUUGAAAACCAUAGGAAUGCUCGAAGCAAACCAAUAGAAGGAUAGAGACACACACACACACACACAGAUUGUUCUAUACGUCUAUAUAUUUUUCAAUUUUGAGAAUCAAAGAGCAAAUAAUGGAGCGCUAUGAGAUACUGAAAGAUAUUGGGUCAGGGAACUUUGGGGUGGCAAAGUUGGUAAGGGAUAAAUGGAGUGGUGAGCUCUACGCUGUCAAGUAUAUUGAAAAAGGCCCAAAGAUUGAUGAACAUGUGCAGAGGGAGAUAGUGAAUCACAGGUCCUUGAAGCAUCCUAAUAUAAUAAGAUUUAAGGAGGUGUGUCUAACACCAACUCAUCUAGCCAUAGUCAUGGAAUAUGCUGCUGGAGGAGAACUAUUUGAAAGGAUAUGCAAUGCUGGUAGAUUCACCGAGGAUGAGGCCAGAUAUUUCUUUCAACAGCUUAUUUCAGGAGUUAGUUACUGCCAUUCCAUGCAAAUUUGCCAUAGGGAUCUGAAGCUGGAAAACACACUUCUAGAUGGAAGCUCAGCCCCACGUCUCAAAAUAUGUGACUUUGGCUAUUCCAAGUCAUCUGUGUUACAUUCCCAGCCCAAAUCUACAGUAGGCACACCGGCUUAUAUUGCACCAGAGGUCUUGUCAAAAAAAGAAUAUGACGGAAAAAUUGCAGAUGUUUGGUCUUGUGGGGUUACCUUAUAUGUGAUGCUGGUUGGGGCUUAUCCCUUCGAAGAUCCAGAGGAUCCAAAAAAUUUUAGAAAAACACUUCAGAGGAUUCUUAGUGUCCAGUAUUCAAUUCCAGACUAUGUUCGAAUUUCGUUGGAAUGUAAACAUCUUUUAUCUCGAAUUUUUGUAGCUAACCCCGAAAAGAGAAUUACCAUCCCAGAAAUUAAGAAGCAUCCCUGGCUCUUAAAGAACUUGCCGGUAGAGUUCAUGGAUGAAAAUGAAGGUAAUUGGCAAAAUGAUAAAGAAAAUGAUUCAUCCCAAAGCAUUGAAGAAUUACUGUCCAUAGUUCAAGAGGCUAGAAAACCAGCUGAAUUUGGUGGUAGUUUUGUUGGGGGCAGCUUGGAAUUGGAUCUUGAUGAUCUAGAAACAGAUUGUGACAUGGAUGAUAUAGAGACAAGUGGGGAUUUUGUCUGUGCAUUGUGAGUGUUACUUUGUAUGUGUAGCUUUGCCGGCCAAGUUCUCAGAAAAGCAUUUGUUAUAAGGUCCUAUUUAAACGUUCAAAGGGAAUCAAGUAGGUGACGUUGAUUGCCCUUUUAUGGACCUUUGCUGUCUUGGUUUGUGUGUGAAAAGCAUCAGGGCAUUUAUGUUAUAUCUAAGUUGUGUUUAGCAGAACAUGUGUAUUUGACUCUCUCCUUUUUAUGAGAGUUCUAGUUUAUGUGUGAUGAA